GGAGAGAGGGUGGACAAGUCUGGGGCCCCUGUAGGGUGGGGGGGUCCCAGAAGAGUGAGGACCUGUGGGCACCAGGCAAGGCCAGGGAGGGCCUGAGAGGGAGACCUGAGCAGGGCCACCGCUGGGCAGGGGCAGCGAGCGUGGCCAGCACGGGCUGUCCACAUGCUCCCUCACUCCUGCCCAGUGGAGCAGCGUGUGUCUGGUGCCGGUGUUUGGAUGGGGCUGUGGGGAGCGUGGCUGGCCUGGGAGGGGGUGUUCUGGAGGUUCCCUGGAGAUGCCUUCCCACAGUGCCACUCUCCUCGUCACAGCAACCUCCUAAUGGGGGCCAGGGCUGCUGCCUCUCUGCGGCAGGUGUGCCCUGGGGCAGGUCCUUGCCGCCCACGGGCCUCAGUUUCCUCAUCUGCCAAAUGGCAGGAUAGCGGUACUCACCUCCCUGGGCUGUAAGAGGCCUCAGGACCUAUGUGUGCAGUGCUGGCAGGUGUGGGGCCUGGGGGUGUCCUCCUGGCCAGCCCAGGGCUCGCCGUGGCUCCCCCUCCAGGUGGGCCCUUGGGAUGUUGAGCGCGUUCAGGAUUUGCUGGGGUGGCGAAGGCCUCAGACCGCAGGGGCAUCAAGCGCCUUAGCAGCUGAAGCGUUUCUUCGUGGACUCCGGUGACAAGACCGGGGGCCGGGUCUGGAUGGCGUCUCUCGUCUGCUCCCAGCGCCCGCUGCAGCCAGUCCCCGGGGGACCUGGGGGGUGAGUGAGGAACCUCGAAGUCGGAGCGGCUGUCAGCAGCAGGAAUGCGUGUGGCUGGCAGGGCUGGCGGCAGUGCCCCUGGGAUCCGCGAGCGCCUGUCCGGGCCGGGCUCCAUGCUGCUCUGCUUCAGCCUCCGCACCGGUUCGCUUCUGAAUCCGCGUUUUGUGAACUUGUCCUGAUUCUCAGAGACUGGUAGCGGCCAAGGGCGGCAGCUCCUCUGGCCGCCCCAGGGCGCACGUGCCAUGAGCCGGAGGGAGGAGACCGGGUCCUUUAGUCUCAGGUUGAGGCUGCGACGCUGCCGCAGGCCCUGGCCGUCCUUGUCUUAGCAUGAGAGUCGGGAGGCGACUGCAGCCUGGGGCUGCAUGUGCGCAGGCGGGGGCUCCCCCAGACCGAGUGUGCCUCGGGGCUCCUCCCGGAGCAGUGAUCAGCUGGGGCAGAGAAGUGGGAGGCCGGCAGUCAGGAGCUUCCCGUCCCACUACAUGCUCCUUGGUGAACUGAGAGAUGGGUGACCUGCCCAAAGGUGCCGCCCAAGGCCAGCGCUCAGGGGGCCUGUGAGGUGCCUCCGGUCUUCCCCCGUUGUGCGGGCGGCAGGUUUGACUUGGGCACGUGUGGAGAUGUCCGUCCUCACGGGUCAGCACAGGCCUGCCCCACCGCCUCCUGAUGGUACCGAGCCCUUCACUCCCUGCUCCCAGUCUUCUGCUCCAGCACCUUCGUGGGCUCCCCAGCACCUGGAGGAUGAAGUCCUGGGUCUGAACCUGGCACGCAUGGGGACGCCUCCACACCGUCUCUCCAGGACUGCCCUAAGGACCCAGUUGAAUAUCACCCGAGUUCCCGCCCUGCUUGCAGUGUCCUCACAGGCCCGUCCUGCUGACAGCGUUCAUGGUCACCAGGGGGGGGGGUCUUCUGUCUGCUCCCUUGAACGUGAGCCACACAGUGUGGCACUUAUGAUGGGUCCUGCUGUGUCCCCCGUGCCAGGAGGGCACAGAAAUGUUCUUGAACAAACAGAGGGAGGAAGGAGUGGCCUCCGUCUCGGUGCUGAGGGUGGGCGGGGACCACGGGCAGCUGCUCCCGGGUGGAGGCCAGCAGGUUCCUUGGAAUCUCCUCUCCACCCGUGCUGCCCUCGCACCCCAGGGCCCCCUCCCACCCCCUCCCAGGCCUGGGGGUCCCACAGUCGGAGAGCAUGAGGCCCUGGCCCCAGAAGGGGCGCGAACGGGCUCCUGGCCGCCCACUCUGCGACCCCCUGGGAAUCUGGUGAGCCCUGCUCUCUGGCCCGGCAGGUGGACUGAGCAGCAGCUUGGACCUUCCGAGGAGGAGGCCUGGGAGGCCUCAGGUGAAGGAGGAACUUGGAGGGGAAGGACUUUAGAAGCCAUCUCCUCUUACAGUCCCUGCUGGAGACGGCGCCGCAGGUGCCCUCCCGUGCCGUCUGGCCCUGGGGACAGAGACUGGGGGCCGUGCCUCCUGGACAGCACAGCCGUGUCCCGCAGCUGAUCCACAGGGGUGGGCACGCGCACGAUUCCUCCAGCCCUACUCGGUUCUGGGCACCUGCCCGGGGCUACCAGGGCAGGGCAGGGGCGCUCACCCAUGAAGGCAGGGUGGGCCUGGGUGUGACCUCUGGCCCUGUCUCCUGGAAGCCUGGUGGGCAGUGCAGGAAGCCCUCUGAGGGCCAGCCGAGGCUACUCCCAGGGCCUUGAUGACGUGGGCACCCGGCGGGAGCGCACAGGGCACAGGGCAGGGAGACAGAUGCCAAGGCCGCCCCGGGGCCUCGGGUGGGGCAUUUCCCUGCCCAGAGCCUGUUCCUGUCUGUUCAAAAGCAGUGAGUGGCGUCCUGCGGUCUCUGUUUAGGACAGCUGCCCCUGUGCACAUGGCCGCAACCUGGCGGCCCCUCUCCUGGCCUGAGGACCCCUCAACUCCCAGUCAUUCCCACUCUGCCCACCCUAGGCCUGCACGGCCUCACUGGGGUCAUAGCCAAAUAGCCCUGGACGCUCCCCGCUGGCCCCUGUUCCCCACGCUCCCACUUCACAGUCAGACGAGCUCCCUCGCCCACCCCCCGGACCCCAAGGCUGUGUGUUAUGCUGGGGUCCUCACUGUUCAAGGUCACUGUGUGUGAUCCUCGGCCCUUCAGUGCUCCCCAUGCCUCAUCGGUGGCUCCAAAGUCCUCCCUCUCACUUGUCCCCUCUCGCUGCUCCUGCCAGGGACCUCAGAACUUCUCGAACGAUGAGCCACGCGUGCUCUCUCCACAUCCUCUCCUCUGCUCUCUCAAACCCCUGGGAACUGCUCUUGUUGGGGUCACAGCACCCCCCACGGCCGGCCCCCAGGCCUGUGGUCCUUGGCCAGCCUCACCUUCCUCAGGGGCCCCGGCCCGCCCACUUCCCGCCCCGCUCGGCCAGCUGCCUGCCCGGGGUCUCACUGGUCCUGGGCAUCCUGUUUGCCUGUCGUUGAGUUUCUUGCUGCAUGUGAAGAGACGAUCAACAUCCAGAAGAAAACGGAGGGGCGAGUGGGUGCAGCCUCAGUGGACGAGAGCCAUGGACGCAGGCUCGAGGUCGGCAGGCCUUGGAUGGCACACAUCCACAGCCCCAGUUGCUGGCAGAGAGAGAUGGGACUAUGAUUUGUUGUUGGCUGAGUGCCCACCCGACAGCGGGGUGUGGGGUGCCACAGCUGGUCUCCUCUGGGGGCACGAGGACAGUGAAUGAGGAUCAGGGACAGGUGCCCCUGGCCACGGAGGUGACAGUCAGCUGAGAAAUGCCGAGAAAUGCUUUCCCUGGGCUCCUCUGUGUUACUCUUUAGAGGAGGACGGGGGCUUCUGUCUCUGGAAGCUUGAGUGGGGCUGAGCCAGCCCUAGGGACCAGAUGGGCCUUUCCUGCCACAGGGCCUUUGCACACAUUGCCCUGCUGCCUGAAGUGCCCCCUCCAGCAGAGGGCUCCUGCUCACAGCCGAAGCCCAAGCUCAGCCAGGCCCCCUACUCUCCUCUGAGCCCCACAGUGGAGCUUUGUGGCAUCUGGGCCUGACUCCCUACUAGCCUGGGUGUUCCUACAGGGUAGGGGGUCAGUGCAGGGACCCCACCUGGCCGCCUGUGGGUCUUUGGUCAUUGGUCAGGAGCUCAGUGAGUGCUGGGUUGAGGACACAGGACGCACCCUGUGCCUCCCUCCUCCCAACCCCCUACUCCAAGCUUCGACUUACCUCUCAUUCCCAGCCGACCUCUGCCUCUUCCCCAAAGACUGAGGAUUCCAUUCGGGGGUGUUGGGAGCUGAUGUCCGAUGGAGGCAUCCCAGGCAGGGUCUCUGCUGUCUGUCCUCGGCUCCUGGCGCAUUUGAUUGAUCGUAAUCUCCUCCCACCCCCGCCCCUGCCCAGCUCUGCACUGUGACGUGGAGACAAAGCUUGCCAGACUUACUUCAGUUUCCACCUCGUGGGGGAGGCGGAGCACAGAGCUGCCAGUUGGGCCCCAGAGAGCAUCUCGGUUGAGAGGAUGGGGUUCAGGCAGGGGCACAAGGACCCAGAUCUGCCAGCGAAAGGUGGGGGCUUCCUGGGGCCCAUAUCUCCAUUUGUGGGGUGGAAGCCAGUUAUUACAGCCUGGCUCCCAUGGGGUGUGUUCUGGGCACAAGUGUGGAGAAAGAGCCCCUGGGGGUGGGGGGCCCAGAGCACGCAGACGCGGAGGAGCCUGGCCUGCCCACCAUACUGUGGAUACUGUGCCUGCGAUCUCCUGUGGGGGAGGGGGCACUCUUUGCACCCCGCUUCCCACACGAGGAAACCAAGCUCAGACAGAGAGUUUCUCCGCUACACAGAGGCAGGCUGCAAACUGCGUUCUGACCCAGAGACCCCCACUUCCUUUCAUCUCUCCUGCAGGCCUGGGGCACAGAGGGCUGCGGGACCGCGUCUCCAUCGAUGAGCACACUGGCUCAUGCGUUGCUGCUUGCCGCAUGUCCCCUUGGGACGCACUCUCAUGCGUGUUCCAUGUGCAUCUUCUGUUUUUGGUAUUUUUCAGAAGGUGUGUGAUGAGUGGCGGACUCCAUCCUAGCAGGGCACGCUGGGGGCCCAGGGGACAGUUGGACCUCGGAGGAGCCUUUUUCUGCCUCCCUCGGAAGGCCAGCCUCAGCUGGUAGUCUAGGCUGGUCCCACCUCUUACCUGCUGCUGCCACCGCCGAGAGCCUUCGAUCCCUCCCUGAUGGCUCCCUCGCCCGAGGACCCAGGGCCUGACCUGGAGAGUGGACCACCUUUCCUGAGCAUCAACAUUCUGCCUGUGGUGGAGCGAUGUAUGAGUGCCAUGCAGGCAGGGACGCAGAUGGUGAAGCUCCGUGGCAGCUCCAAGGGUCUGGUCCGCUUCUACUUCCUGGACGAGCACCGCUCCUGCAUCCGCUGGCGGCCCUCGCGCAAGAACGAGAAGGCCAAGAUCUCCAUCGACUCCAUCCAGGAGGUGAGCGAGGGCCGGCAGUCAGAGAUCUUCCAGCGAUACCCUGAUGGCAGCUUCGACCCCAACUGCUGCUUCAGCAUCUACCACGGCAGCCACCGAGAGUCGCUGGACCUGGUCUCCCCCAGCAGUGACGAGGCGCGCAUCUGGGUCACUGGCCUGCGCUACCUCAUGGCUGGCAUCAGUGACGAGGACAGCCUGGCCCGCCGCCAGCGCACUAGGGACCAGUGGCUGAAGCAGACUUUCGCCGAGGCGGACAAGAACGGCGACGGCAGUCUGAGCCUGGGCGAGGUCCUGCAGCUGCUGCACAAGCUGAACGUGAGCCUGCCUCGGCACAGGGUGAAGCAGAUGUUCAAGAGGCCUGUGUUACAGGAAGCGGACACGGAUGACCAGCAGGGGACACUGGGCUUUGAGGAGUUCUGUGCCUUCUAUAAGAUGAUGUCCACCCGCCGGGACCUCUACCUGCUCAUGCUGACCUACAGCAACCACAAGGACCAUCUGGAUGUUGCUGACCUCCAGCGCUUCUUGGAGGUGGAGCAGAAGAUGACGGGUGUGACACUUGAGAGCUGCCAGGACAUCAUCGAGCAGUUUGAGCCCUGCCCAGAAAACAAGCGAAAAGGCGUGCUGGGCGUUGACGGCUUCACCAACUACACGCGGAGCCCGGCUGGUGACAUCUUCAACCCGGAGCACCACGGCGUGCACCAGGACAUGACGCGGCCGCUCAGCCACUAUUUCAUCACCUCGUCCCACAACACCUACCUCGUGGGCGACCAGCUCAUGUCCCAGUCGCGAGUGGACAUGUACGCCUGGGUCCUGCAGGCCGGCUGCCGCUGCGUGGAGGUGGACUGCUGGGACGGGCCCGACGGGGAGCCCAUUGUGCACCACGGCUACACUCUGACCUCCAAGAUCCUGUUCAAAGACGUCAUUGAAACCAUCAACAAAUACGCCUUCGUCAAGAAUGAGUACCCAGUGAUCCUGUCCAUCGAGAACCACUGCAGUGUCAUCCAGCAGAAGAAGAUGGCCCAGUAUCUGAUUGACAUCCUUGGGGACAAGCUGGACUUGUCCUCAGUGAGCAGCGAGGAUGCCUCCAUGCUGCCCUCUCCGCAGAUGCUCAAGGGCAAGAUUCUGGUGAAGGGCAAGAAGCUCCCAGCCAACAUCAGCGAGGAUGCUGAGGAGGGUGAGGUGUCUGAUGAGGACAGCGCCGACGAGAUCGACGACGACUGCAAGCUUCUCAAUGGGGAUGCCUCCAGCAAUCGGAAGCGCGUGGAAAACAUUGCGAAGAGGAAACUGGAUUCCCUAAUCAAGGAGUCGAAGAUUCGGGACUGUGAGGACCCGAACAACUUCACCGUGUCCACACUGGCCCCGACUGAGAGACUUGGGCACAAGGCAGCGGGCAAAAAGGCUGAGGAGGACUGGGAGUCUGGAGGGGACGCCGGAACCAGCAGACGGAACAGCCGGCUCCUCAUGAGCAGCUUCUCCAAGCGCAAGAAAAAGAGCAGCAAGCUGAAGAUGGCGGCCAGCGUGGAGGAGGGGGAUGAGGACCUGGACUCCUCAGGCAGCCAGGGCCGAGGGGCAACCCGGCAGAAGAAGACCAUGAAGCUGUCACGGGCCCUCUCGGACCUGGUGAAGUACACCAAGUCCGUGGGCAUCCACGACGUGGAGACGGAGGUGGCGUCCAGCUGGCAGGUGUCGUCCUUCAGUGAGACCAAGGCCCAGCAGAUCCUGCAGCAGAAGCCGGCGCAGUACCUGCGCUUCAACCAGCACCAGCUGUCCCGCAUCUACCCCUCUUCCUACCGCGUCGACUCCAGCAACUACAACCCGCAGCCCUUCUGGAAUGCCGGCUGCCAGAUGGUCGCCCUGAACUACCAGUCGGAGGGGCGCAUGCUGCAGCUGAACCGGGCCAAGUUCAGUGCCAACGGCAGCUGUGGCUACGUGCUCAAACCCCAGUGCAUGUGCCAGGGCAUCUUCAACCCCCACUCCGAGGACCCCCUGCCUGGGCAGCUCAAGAAGCAGUUGGUGCUGCGGAUCAUCAGCGGGCAGCAGCUCCCCAAGCCGCGAGACUCGAUGCUGGGGGACCGGGGGGAGAUCAUCGACCCCUUCGUGGAGGUGGAAGUGAUUGGGCUCCCCGUGGACUGCAACAAGGAGCAGACCCGUGUGGUGGACGACAAUGGAUUCAACCCCAUGUGGGAGGAAACCCUGGUGUUCACAGUGCACAUGCCAGAGAUCGCAUUGGUGCGCUUCCUCGUCUGGGACCACGACCCCAUCGGGCGUGACUUCAUUGGCCAGAGGACACUGGCUUUCAGCAGCAUGAUGCCAGGCUACCGGCACGUGUACCUGGAGGGGAUGGAGGAGGCCUCCAUCUUUGUCCACGUGGCUGUCAGUGACAUCAGUGGUAAGGUCAAGCAGGCUCUGGGCUUAAAAGGCCUGUUCCUCCGAGGCCCAAAGCCCGGCUCCCUGGACAGUCAUGCUGCUGGACGGCCUCUGCCCCGGCCCUCCGUUAGCCAGCGGCUCCUGCGGCGCACGGCCAGCGCCCCGACCAAGAGCCAGAAGCCCGCCCAUAAGGCCUUCCCGGAGCUGGUCCUGGGCACACAGGACAUGGGCUCCGAGGGGGAGGCACGCGACGUGGCGCCCCCCAGCCCUGGCCCCGCUCCGGAGGCCCUGGCUGGGGAGGAGCCCGGCAGCCGUACCCCCCGAGACACCUGCCCCUUCUCCUCGCAGAGGUCGGUCUCCUCCCUGUGCAGCCUGGAAACCAUUGCCGAGGAGCCAGUCCUGUGCCCUGGCCCUCCAGCCCUGGUGGCCGCCCCCCCCGGCCCCUGCCCCGGGGGGCCCCAGUUCUCUGUAGGGCCUGGUGCCAAAGCAGUGAGCCCCCCGGCUGCGGCUCUGGGAGCCUCCAUGCUCCUCCAGCUCAGGACUGGGAGCCACAGGGACACUGAGCUGCCCCCCGAAAGUAGGCAGCAGGCGUGCAACGGCAGGGUCCCCAGUGGAGCGUACGAGGGGGCCCCCAGCAGCCAGAUGGACAGCAGGGGUCACCCCCGGGCCCUGGGCCAUCUGCCCCUGGUCAGAAGGGCCAAGAGUGAGGGGCAGGUACCCCUGGAGCCCCUGGGUGGACGGCGGCCCCUGGCUGGGACCUCUCCUGCCGUGUACUCAGAUGCCACGGGCAGCGACCGGCUAUGGCAGCGGCUGGAGCCAGGCAGCCACCGAGACAGCGUGUCCUCAUCCUCUAGCAUGUCAUCCAGCGACACGGUCAUCGACCUCUCCCUGCCGGGCCUGGGCCUGGGCCGUGAGGGCCUUGCAGGAAUCCCGGCUGGACGCCUGCCCCUGCGGCCCUGCUCGGCCUCUGCCGUCCACCUAGACCUGCCCGCUGUGACCAAGAGCAAAUCCAACCCCAACCUUCGGGCUGCGGGCCAGCUGCCUGCGGUGCCAGAUGAGCUGCGGCCCCGCCCCCUGGCCCCACGGCUGCCCUGGGGCUGCCUCCCCGUGGCGGGCCUCCAGGACUGCCCCGUGGCCGCCAAGUCCAAGAGCCUGGGGGACCUGACGGCCGAUGACUUUGCGCCGCGCGUUGAGAGCCUGGGCCGCAGCCUGGGCCGCCACCUGGGCCCAGCCCGCAAUGGGCCGGCGGGGCAGGCGGAGCGGCAGGACGCCCUGACAGAGCAGCUGCGUUGGCUCACGGGAUUCCAGCAGGCUGGCGACAUCAUGUCGCCCACCAGCCUGGGCCCGGCCGGGGAGGGGGCGGUGGGGGGCCCCGGCUUCCUGCGGCGCUCCUCCUCCCGCAGCCAGAGCCGCGUGCGCGCCAUCGCCAGCCGCGCCCGCCAGGCCCAGGAGCGGCAGCAGCGGCUGCAGGCCCGGCAGGGACCCCCAGAGGAGGAGCGGGGCACCCCCGAGGGCGCCUGCUCCGUAGGCCAAGAGGGCUGUGGGGACGUGCUGGCCCCCUCCAAGGGCCCCAUGGACCAGCCGCCAGGUGGCGCCACCACUGGGCCCCCGCUCAGACUCUGACCGAGCGUCUGCGGUGGAUGUCAGCUGCCUCCCCUGGGCCCGUGGCGGGCGGCAGGGUCCAGUGUUUGCUCAGGGCCUGUGAGCUCGUCCCCAAAGCUGCCCGGCCUGUCCUGGGCGUGGCCGUGUGCCCCUCUGCCCCGGCCCCUGCCCCUGCUCCCAGGAGGAGGGGCGCCCGCCCCGGGGCUGGGCCGUCUUCACCACAGUGAAGAUGUGGAGAGAGACUUAUAUUUCCGGAGACAAAGCUUCCACAACAUGAAAUGGUGCCGAGUCCUCUCCCCUCCCCUGGUUGUAGCCGCGUGGGGUGCGGGGUGCGCGGCUCCGGGGAUGCUUGUGACGAGCCGCCCCGACCGUCUGCCUCGUUCUGCACAAACCCCGCUCUGUAAGGGGCGUCUAGGCUCUUUGUACACUCCUGAGCACGCCUCCAAUAAACACAUCCAUGCUCA